AUGGGGUAUACCAUCUUCAAAUAUAUAUAUAUAUAUAUGAUGAUGACUAAUCACUAUAUACUUCUUCUUCUUCUUUCUUCUCUCUCUCUCUCUCUCUCUCUCUCUCUCUCUCUCUCUCUCUCUCUCUCUCUCUCUCUCUCUCUCUCUCUCUCUCUCUCUCUCUCUCUCUCUCUCUCUCAAAUGAUGAUGAUCAAAGACAAAUGGAGGAUGAAGAUGAAUAGUAGUAGUGAUCACUUGAUGAUCAUGAAUAAUAAUUCUUAUGAUCAUCAUGAGAUUUCAUCAUCAUCUUUACCAUGGGGUAUUAGUAGUGUAAUUAAGAACUAUUCAUGUAGCUUUUGCAAAAGACAAUUUAAGUCAGCUCAAGCUCUUGGUGGUCAUAUGAAUGUUCAUAGAAGAGAGAGAGCUAGGUUAAGACUCUUACCUCCUCCUCCUCCCACCUCCAUUAAUAAUGCACCACAACAUUCUUCAAACCCUAACCCUAACCCUAAUAACUCAAACCCUAAUAUUUAUCCAAGCCCGAACCCUAGCCCUAGCCCUAACUCAAACCCUAAUAUUUAUCCAAACCCAGACCUUAACCCUAGCCCUAAUAAUUUGUCUUCAUCUUCAUCAUCACCAUCACCUUCUUCAUUAUUACCAUCACAUUAUUCAUCAUCGUCUACUUUAUACAAGCAAAAUAAGAAAUCGAUAUUCAUGAUGAACUUCAAAGCUGAUCAAAACAACUGUGUUGUUCCUUUUACAAAUUCUUAUUCUUAUUCUCAUUCUCUUUCUAUUGAUGACCGCUUGCAACAAUGUUUAGAUCAACAACAAGAAGAUGACUACUUGAAGAAAUUGAUGAUGAGGAAUAUUACUAGUACUACAGAAAAUAUUAAUAAUGUUAGGUUAGACUUGGAAUUGGAGUUGGGUUUGCUCAAAGGUCAUGAUCUAAAGGAGAAUGAUGAUGUGCUGGAUUUGGAGCUUCGUCUAUAGCUAUAAAUUGGGCUUGACUGAAUCAGAGAACCCUGAGAGAUUUACAUCAUCAAUCAUCAUCAUCAUCAAAUUAAGUGUUGGUAUUGGAAAUCAUAAAUUAGUCACUUUAUAUAUAUAAUAUAUAUAUUUAAGAGUGUAUAUUUGAUGAUGUAAGAUUGUGUAUCUCCAUUAUUGUGAUUAUUCUCUACAAAGUAGAAACUGCAAAAAUAUUGCCAUUUUCGGAAACCAUUGUUUUUUUUUCUUU